AUGAAAGCUGCUACUCGGGUGGUAAGCCCACCCGCUUUAAAAGGCCCAACCUACCCUUCCAGUCUAAACUCGCGUAUAAGAAGGUCCUGGAAGCCAGAGUGCGGCAAAUCCAGAGCGUCCAAGUCCAACCACCACUCCCUCGCCAGCCAAUCCCUAAGCGACAAGUGGAUGGAGGUCCAGGGCAUCCGCAACUGGGAAGGCCUCCUCGACCCUCUCGACAACACCCUCCGGGACGAGAUCCUCCGGUACGGCGACUUCGUGGAGGCCGCCUACCGCGCCUUCUUCAACUCCAACGAAACUCUGCGUGUCCCCCGCGGCUACACUGUCACGCGGUCCCUGCACGCCACGUGCGGGGCCCACCUCCCUGGCUGGGCCGCAGCCCACCUCCCGAGCUGGGCCUCGGCCCGUUCGGCUUUGAUUGGGUACGUGGCGGUGUGCACGGACCCGGACGAGAUCGCCCGGCUCGGCCGGCGGGACGUGGUGGUGGCGUAUCGAGGGACCGGAACGUGCAUGGAGUGGGCCGAGAAUCUACGCAUGGGCCUCGCGGGGGUUGGAGAAAUGGCGAAGGUGCAGAGGGGGUUUCUGAGCAUGUACACGACGCAAGGGGAAGGGGAGGACGGGCAGCCGAGCCUAAGGGACGAGGUGAGGGAUGAGGUGGCAAGGGUGGUGGCGAGGUACGGCGGUGACGUAAGCGUGACGGUGACGGGGCACAGCUUGGGUGCUGCGCUGGCGACGCUGACGGGGCAUGACAUAAGGAAGGAGUUUGGGGGGAUGGUGACGGUGGUGUCGUUCGCGGGGCCGAGGAUAGGGAACAAGGCCUUCAGGAAGGAAUUGGAGAAAAACGGGACGAGGGUGCUGAGGAUAGUGAAUGCGGGCGACCCGGUUACCAAGGUGCCGGGUUUCGUGCUGAAUGACAGCAUGAGGUGGAUGGAGGGGACAGAGUGGGUUUACGCGGAGAUAGGGAAGGAGCUCAGGCUCAGCAGCAGAUCAGGGGGAGUCGCCACCUGUCACGAUCUCAAGACCUAUCUCAACUUGCUCCACAACUGUCCCUUGAGAAGGAGGGUUUUGAGUCCCACUCACCAGGAGCUUGUGUGCUGA